AUGAACAGCCAAGUAAAUGAGGAUGCUAUAGACAUCAAUCUUGGUCUCUCUUUGCCCACCCACAUUUCGCCAGCGGCCGGCUCUGAGAGCGCCACUGGCAGCAACGUCAGCACACUUCACAACGAUGGGCAGGCGCUAAAUGGCGAUCUCUUGAGGAGUUCCACGGCAAACUCAACGCCGACAGGUGCUAACCAGCAGACUGAAACUAUUGGCGAGAAGCUGAAUAACGAGGAGCAAGUGAACUCAAAUCCCUCUGCUUCGAACUCGACCAUUGCGGGCGCAGGACGUAUGCUGAGUCAGUCUUUGACAAACGACUCGCCCUCGAAUGAGAUAUCUACUGACCAGUUGAAGAUUUUCCAAAGAAUGGAUGAGAUGAGCGCAAGAAUGAUURAGAUGGAGGAGAGUUUUAAUCAGUUGUCCAGCAAAAUCGUGGAGCAAAACUCGAUGGUUCUAAACUUAAAGCAAGAUAACUUUAAAGUCUUGAACAAGUUGAACAUACUACUUAAACUAGUGGCGCAACCGAGUGUGCGCCCAAGCUCGAACAAUGCCCAGAAUAAGCUUGCCGUCGAUUUGCUAAAUUCGAUAUCAGCCGUUAGCGGCGCUUACUUGCAGAAAAUGCAAAAUAAUUGUUCUGGUAAUCAGCACAAUACGGAGCCACACACCGGGCUUCCCAACGCCCCCCUCACUUCGAACCAUCAUUCAGGUACAAAUGCAAGUAUCAAUGUACAGACGAACGCCGCACACCUAAACAACCAAUUUUCCAAUGCAUUAACAACAAUUUUGCCCGAUCAGCGGUCCAAUCGAUAUAAUAAUGCUCAAAAUAUAAAUACACUUCCGCAAGCAAACGCGAAACAUUUUUCGAAUCCAGGUGCAGGUCCUGUCCCAAACGCACAUGCCAACCAGAACCAACCGCAAAUUCAGAACCAUAAUCCAAAUUCAAAUCAGCAAGUAAAUCGCUCGCCUAUUGCUUUCCCCAGUGCUUCAACGGAUAAGGCAUUCAAGUUGAAUCCGAAUGGAAUCAAAAGGCGUAGAAGAAAUACUCAAAACGGCAACAAUUCGGGCACUAAUAUUAAUGGUAUGAGUUCCAUUCAAAGGCCCAUAACAAUGCUGUCUCCGUUGACAAAUUCCCACAAUUCUACCACGAGUAUGAAUUAUACGCCUUCUUCCAUUCAUUCGAGUAUUACUAGCGCUUCAAAUUCGUUUCAUGAUCUAAAUUCGCUGAACAAUUUCGGCACAACGGCAGCUUUAAAUUUACCUAGUUUAAGUCUCGAUAACACUUCGUUUCCCACAAAUCCAAAUGGCGCAUUUCCUAAUACCAACAACAUCAACAAUGCCCAACAGCCUUUAUCAUUUUCUCAGUUAAUUAAUCAAGCAAGUACUACGUCUGAGCUAUUAACGAACGGUGGCGGCGGCGUAAACACAAACAUUGUAAAGAGAAAUAGAAGUUCUACCUUACCAUCGCACUCGAAACCAAUGGAGAUGAAAAAUAACGUUGACGACGAUGGUUAUCAAGAAGACGAUGAUGACGGCGAUGAUGAARGCGAUGGACGCGAUAACGAAGAAGACAGUACUGCUGAAGAAGACGAAGUGGAUGACGAGAUUGAGACCGAGGUCAAGAAAGUCUCUGCCAAUAAGCGUAGAAGAAAUUUACUGCACAAAAGAGGUGAUUCUCUCAAUGGUAGAAGAAAGCAUCACGAUGAGCCAGCAGGCAGACACAACUCAAACCCAAACUCAAACCCAAACCCAAACUCAAACCUACAUUACAGGAUACUAAAGGCACCCACUGACGUGAAGACAAUAUGGGAAGAGUAUAGCAUUGGUAUCAGGGGGAAACCGUCUAUCAAGUACCUUGAGUCCAAAUACGGUAACAAAUGGAGGCUGAAUAAAAACAAGAAGACAUUUUCAAGACGGAAAAGACUCUACAAGUUCAUUUUGAAUGGCAUGGACAAAGGCAAAACAGCACAGGAGAUGAUAGAGACCCUAGAGAACAAGAGGCUAUACAAAGAUGACGAGGACGGGGAAGUAAAAAAAAGAACCAUCGGCUGGUUGCAAGAGAGCCUUGCCGGACUUUAG